AUGGUUGGGAUCUGUCCCGUUCCUUCUCUGCACUCCCGGGCCUCUCUUCAGGCAAUCAGAGAAGGCACUGUAAUAAUUGAGCCAAUCAGAGCGCACAGCGCUGAUGACGCCUCAGUUGCCGGCAGACCCGCAGCGCCUAGAGCUCCUCACCUGGACUCCACCUGUGCCCCGCCCUCGCCCCCGGGGCCCCCCACCAGGGGAAUUUGGGGAGGGGGAGGUGUCAGACCCUGCCCAGCCCUUGCCAUGGGGUGUGUGGCGGCAGCUGGGGCCCUGCUGGCGGCACUGGAGACUCUUGGCUCCUCUGGGCUGCUGCGGGGGGCACCCCCGGAGCUGUGUCCUGCACACGCAGGGCUGUUCCAGGAGAUGGUUAAGUCCGGGUGUCACUUCAUUAACGGCACUAAGCAGGUGAGGUUGGUGCAGAGGAACAUCUACAAGUGGGAGCAACUCCUGCACCUGGGUGGUGACGUGGGGCUGUAUGUGGGGGAUACCUCCUCUGGGGAGAACUUUGGCAGGUACUGGAACAGCAACCUGGAAUGGAUGGAGCACAGACUGGCUGCAGUGGACAGGCACUGCUAGCACGAGUACAAAGUGUCCACUGAGGGCGGGGUCACCUGCAGCUGCCAGGUGGAGCACGUCAUCCUGGAGCACCCCUGA